CCUUCCCCACAAUGCACCUCGCGCCGCAGCCUCAUAAUAUGGCGGACACUCUUGAAAGCGAAUUAGGUCAGUCAGCAGAGCAGCAAGCUGAGCUGCUACUGACUUUUAAAAAUGGUGGGUUGCCUUCUCACAGUCCCAGGAACCGCAGCAGGACUUCUCUCCCCUGUCUGCCCUGGGCUUGCAGCGGGUGGGCGAAGAGAGACCCUCACCAUCCAAAGAGCCAAGCAUACAGUUAAACCGUCGAGGAAUGCCUGCACGGAUGAGAAAGAAAAACCGCUUGUAUUACGAUGAUGACCUUGUGAGCUCCCCCACGCAGAUGAAGUCUCCCAAGAAAACGCCUAGGGGCACGCCUAAGAAACAGCCAAAUCCACAACCCAUGCCACUUGCUCCAGUAAAACUAGGCGAAGGCAUCAGUGCUCCUCACAGUAAUCCAGUGAUUGCCAUGGAACCACAAACCAUCACCACCCCAGACAAAAAAGUGGCACAGCAAAAUGGCGUAAGGCUGCGGAAUUUUCUCAAGCUCCCACAAGCUCACAAAUGGGUGUACUUUGAAUGGUUCUAUUCAAAUAUUGACAAACCUUUGUUUGGUGGUGAGAAUGACUUCCAAAUUGUGUUGAAGGAAGCCUUUCCACAACUACAAACACGCAAACUAACACGUCGACAGUGGGGGAUGAUCAGACGAAUGAUGGGCAAACCAAGAAGGUGUUCACAGGCUUUUUUCCAAGAGGAACGCCAAUCUCUUGAUAAGAAGAGACAUGUUCUGCGAUUGUUACAGCAGCGAAAGAUAACAGACAUCAACACCCUCAAGGACUUUCCACUACCAGACCAGAUACCUAUGCAGUUAGUUAUUGGUACAAAGGUCACUGCAAGGAUCAGAAAACCAGAAAAUGGGCUCUACACGGGAGUGAUCGACGCAGUAGAUACUUCAGACAACACAUACCGGAUAACAUUUGACCGUCAUGGCAUUGGUACACAUUCAAUCCCAGACUAUGAAGUUCUGUCUAGUGAAGUAGCAGAGAUAAUGCCAUUGUCAAGUUUUUCUCAAAAAUUCCGUCCACGCCCCCCUCUGGGUAUGGUGACCCCUCCUCGGCCUCUACUUCCAAAGCUAGAACCAGGGAGCGUAGGAGCAGAUAGCCCUGCUCUCUCUCUUACCAACGACCCUAUCUUGGCCCAAUCUCCUCUGAAGUCAUCCAAGAUAUCCAUGGAUGAUACACUGGGAGGAUUCCCAGUCAGAUGCUUAGUGCAGAUAGUGCAACUCUCUAAAAUACUUAGAGCAAAGCGGGAAAAGAUUGGUGCACUGAGAGAUAUGAAUGCGCAAGCUGAAAAGCAACGCAGUUAUAGCCAGGAGUUGAAUGUGGACUUCCAACGAAGAUAUGCAGCCUUAGUUUUAGAUAUUGAAAAGCUAAACCGAGACCUGAACCAGCACCUUGUAGUAGUUCAGCAGUUUUGCCAGGAGAUUGCUCCAGAGCAAGGCUUGCCAGGGCCCACACUUCUCCCAGGCCAGAUCAGAGAGCGGUGCUAUGAAGAAGCUGCAACCAUUGUGGAUGUAACCAACCACUCGAGUGGGUCACCACAGGUCAACAGCCCAGCCAUUCUGGACCUGAUUACCAAGCUCACUUCUCUUAUGCUGCAGAUGAAG